CGCGAUAUCGCUGCCCCCUCACUUUCGGGUUCUUGUUGUCGUAUUCGCCUCCCCUUUUCAUUUCGUCCAGCAAGGGGCUUGCCUGUCGGCUACCAGUAGUCACGCCAUACAGUUGCAUUCUGUGAAGCAGAAAAUCAAAACCAGGUAGGCGAAGGAGAGGAGAGCGAAAAUGGCUGUGUCGGCAGGCUGCAUGCGUGCCAUGGCAGCAGGGCUCAGUUUGGGUCAUGUGUCACAGGGCUCGGCAGCAGCUUCGCCUUGCUCGAGACCAUGCCCCUUAUCACCAUCCAGAUGUUUCACGACGUUUGAUGGGCUGUCACAAGAACGGACAUUGUCAGAAGCUUCUCCUUCCAGGUCGUGUAAGCGUCGAGGGAGCGGAUUGUACACACAAAGUGGCUGGGAUGGUUGCAACUGUGGGGGGAUUAGUAGAAGGCGGAGCGCCAGGAGUAUGGUGGCACGGAAUGUGCUGCCAUCCUUCCCGCAGAAGGGGGACGUGCCACCCGGUUCGGUCACCAUCAUUUUGCUCUCCGGCGGAGUUGGAACACGCAUGAAGGCUACCAUUCCAAAGCAGUAUCUUCCACUGCAGGAUCAGCCGCUUUGCUUGUAUAGUUUUCACACUUUUGCCUCCCUUGUUGAAGUUGGAGAGAUAGUGAUUGUUUGUGAUCCAACGUACAAGUAUAUUUUUGAAGGAGCUGUAGCCUUGUGCCGAGUGCCUGUGAAGUGGGCUGUCCCUGGCAAGGAAAGGCAGGAUUCUGUUUUCAACGGACUUCAGGUUAUCUCCUCCACUUCAACUUUGGUUGCUGUGCACGAUUCGGCACGUCCCUUGAUAACUGCCGAAGACACCAGAAGGGUGAUCCACGAUGCAUGGGAAUAUGGAGCUGCUGUGCUGGGCGUCAAAGUGAAGGGCACCAUAAAAGAGGUGAACAAUGGUGGAUUCGUGGAAAAGACUCUUGAUCGCUCGGUGCUAUGGGAGGUGCAAACUCCCCAGGUGAUUCGUCCCGAUGUUCUGCUGGAAGGAUUCGAUUUAGUGAGGAGGUAGGUAGGAGAUCUUAUUCUGCUCCUACAUCCCCAUCCCACCGCAUCGGCAAAAUGUCUAACCAAGUA